GGAAGUGUGUUUGAUAGCACACGAAAAACAAAGGAGUUCUAUAAAAAGGUUUGAGUGGAUGGAAAUUUUCCUCCAAAAUGUAGUACAAACGAAUCCUACGAAAAAAUUGCAAAAGAUUUCAAUCCUAUGAAUCAAACGACCAUCGUAGGAAAAAAUCCUAAGGAUCCAAACCCUCUGAAAAUUCAAUGAAAUUCUUUUGUAUCAAAGGAGCCCUCAUCCGGCAGAGCCACAGCCACCUAACCACUGCAUCACUUGACACGGCACCUGCUCGAACAAGCGAGACACGAUCAAAAUCGCGGCCACGGGUUCGUUCAUUCAUCCCGCACCCACCUACACGCUGACGCAGCUCCCGGCCGCCGCCGCCGCCAGGGCAAUGGAGCCCGAGCCCGACCGCGACGUCUCCCUCCUCCCCCCCGCCCCAAUCCCUAGCCACCAACCCAGCCUCCGCGCAGCCAAGUCCACGGCCUUCAAGCGGGAGGAGCGCCGCAAGCACAAGGAGCAGAAGCGGGAGCGCAAGCGGCAGGAGAGCCUCGCCCUAGCUCUCGAGCAGUGGGAGCCCCUCGGCGCCCCACCCCGCCCGGCUGCCACCUCCCCUCCCGGCGCGCCAGCCGACGACAAGCCCUGGCCGUGCGACCCGCCCCCUCCCGCGGACGCCGCGCCCUCCGCCGCCUGGGGCUGGGGCCCUCCGGCGGAACCCUCCGCCGACAGGAGCUGGGGCCUUCCAGCGGAACCCCCGACGCAGCCGCCGGUCGCGGCAAGGUGCCCCCAGGCCGCCGCGGUGAGGGCGUGCCGCGCGUUGUUUGGAGAGCACGCCGAUGACGACGACGAGGAAGGGGAGGAAGAGGAAGGCGAUGCGACCCGGUUCUUCGACGAGCUGCUGGAGAAAGACGCGGGCCUGAGGGGGUUGUACGAGGCGGAGCGGGAGACGGGGCGGUUCCUGUGCCUGGUGUGCGAGGGGAUCGGCGCCAGGGCGGGCAAGCGGUUCCCCGGCUGCGCCGCGCUGGUGCAGCACGCCGGCUCGGUCGCCCGGACCAAGAGGAGGCUCGCGCACCGCGCCUUUGCCGACGCCGUCGGCCGCCUGCUCGGCUGGGGCGCCGGCCGGACCACGCCUUUUCCGGCAGAUUGUGACAACGAUGGCGCUGUUGAUCAAGCUGAGCACUUGGAUGCUUCUGAAUGUGCAGAGAUGGAGGCGGUCUAAUUGAGCUCAUGGUGCCUAAUUAGUGAUUCUCUCUUGGUCAAAAACCCGGAUGUAUCGAUAACCUUGAUGCUCGGUGUCAACAUCUGCGUGUAAUCUAGUUCGAUGCUCUGGUAACCUAGAUGCUUAUUUUUAACAUCUCAAGCUGGAUCUAAAAGUUUCUGAAUUGCAGUGCAUCGUAUUUCAGUUCUUGA